AUCUGGACAUCAAAAUAGAUGUAGUGUGUUUCUCUCGAGUUAACCUUUUAAAGAAAGGAGGUGUAAUAGCCAACACAGCUGGCUUGCACAUAAGGAUAUUGGGCUCAUUAUGUAUCAAUAACUCUUCAGAAUGCACAUAUUGCAGGGUUGAGGACAGAAAUCAUUUAUAGCAAGUUAUAAUAAUUCUCUUAUAGGUAGUAGUUUAAAUUUCAAUCACUGACCAUUUUGGGAAGAAAUAUGGGGUCUCCUGUGUUUAAAUUACCUGAAUUGUAAUCCUUCCCACAUGCUCCUUAUGCUGAAUUUAUCACAAAAAUGUAUGUGUAUACGUUAUCAAAAGAAAUACUGUUUUACCUUACUUCAUAAAAGGGGCUUAAGAACUACUUUAGAAUAUUUAUAUUUCCUUAUCCAUGUGGAAGGUGGAAAUAACUAUUUAAAUGUUUAUACCUUUGAAAUAAAUAUCUGUUCCCGUGUGCAGCUGUAAUGGCACCCUGUGCUUGUAGACGUCUCUCCUCCUCACUUUUCUUCCACUCUUCUCAUUUGCGUCCUCCUUUCAGGUUGCGUAUGUAGUCUUUGACGGUGUUUUCAAUGUUGGGAACGGCAUAAUUUUGUGCUGCAUAGAUUCCUGUACACGUCCCUACGGCAACACCCAGUAAUGCUGAAGAACGUAGCCUUGCAACAACGUACCCAGCCAGAAAACCCUUGAGAAAAGGAGAAGCCAGCAGACUACCUCCCUGAGGAGGAAAGGAUAGAGAAAUUAGACCUGGUACGUAGGCCUAGUAGUCUGAACAGUGGUUAUACAUCUUCAUAGUAGCAACUUAUGUUUUUAUAACUGCCUGGCCUGUGAGCAAAAUUUAAGGCAGAGUAACCUGAGCUUGUACAUAUUAGUGCCUGUGUGAGCCUUACUGGAGGAACCCCAGCUUGUAUCUCAUCCUCCAUCCGUCUCUGGAUGUCUUCCAGCUGGUCCUUCAGCUCCACCAGGUCCUUGAGCUGGCCCAGAGGACCCUGCAUACACACAGACACAAACUAACUGAUACACUCCCACGUCGUGCACCGGGGAUGCCUGAAUCUGUGGAAGUCCUGAUCAGAGUCGUCGGAGUCCCCGGUCUGCUGAGAGCUGAGCCUAACAGCUCUGUGCUCAGUUAAACCCAGUCCAGCCUUGCUCAGCAAAUAUCUCUGCAUUACAAUAAGAAGGUGAAGCCCUGCUUACAGGAGGCACACUGGAAGAGGAUUUUCCUACAGCCUGUGGACAUUUGCCAAUAGUGGUGAAGAAAGGGAUGCUGCUUCUUUAUGAACACAGGGGUAUUAUGACAAUGAAAGCUAUGUGGUGAUGCAUUUGAGGAAUGCAAAGCUUCUCCACUCCACUGGAGCUGAAUGCUUGCAGCAAAUUGCUUUGGAAGAAAAACACCACCUUUUGCUAGACACUUUACAAGUAUAUUCAAUUUUUUCACCAUGUACCAAGGAAGUAAAAGACUGAGAGACCAUCCACCCACCCAUCCAUCUGGCUAUAAUGGAGCUACGAGGGACCCGCGGAACAAUGGGCCUGGACUCGAGGGGUCAGGGGUUGGGGUUCGGCAUGCCAGCCAUCGGGAUUCCCGCCAGCUCCAUAUUAACUGCAGUGCAGCAUCAGGACUACUCAGCCGGCGUCUGGCUUCGCAGGAAGGACAAACUCGAACAUUCUCAGCAGAAAUGCAUUAUGAUCUUCGCCUUGGUGUGCUGCUUCGCCGUACUGAUGGCGUUGAUUUUCUCAGCGGUGGACUUUUGGGGUGAGGAUGAAGAUGGGAUCACAGAGGAUAACUGUAGCAGGAACUGCAGAGUAGUGCUUGUGGAGAACAUCCCAGAAGACAUCUCCUUCUUAGACAAUGGUACAUCACACCUCCCUCUCUCAGUGGGGCUGUACAACUUACUGGACCGAGCUAUCCGGGUCGUAGAGAUAGUUUCCCCGCUGUGGCUCCUCAACUCCUCCGACUAUGAAUCCAGCUUCCAGCCUGCUGCCAGACAGGGCAGGGCUCUGCUGACCAGGCUGCAAGGGCUGAAAGCUAAAGGAAUCCAGCUGAAGAUCUCCAGCGGGAUGAUCGACUCGACUGAGCUUGGGAUGCUCGCCAAACACAAUGCUGAAGUUCACUAUGUGAACAUGACAGCGCUGACCAAAGGUCAACUCCACUCCUCCUUCUGGGUGGUCGACAGGAAACAUUUCUACAUCGGCAGCGCCAGCAUGGACUGGAGAUCCCUUGCCACUAGGAAGGAGCUGGGUGUGUUGGUGUACAACUGCAGCUGUCUGGCUUUGGACCUCCACAAAGUGUUCAGCCUCUACUGGGGGCUCCAGUAUAGAGACUUCAUCCCCUCCUUCUGGUCCAAGCGCCUCUUUGCCCUCUUCAACAGGGACACACCACUGGAGCUCACUCUCAACAGCACAAAGGCUCAGGCCUACGUCUCUAGCUCCCCAGAUGUUUUUAUCCCUAAAGAUCGUAGCAGUGAUCUUGAAGCCAUUUCCAGGGUCAUCCAGGAGGCCCGCCACUUCAUAUAUAUCUCUAUAAUCGAUUACCUGCCCCUCCUCAGCCGCAACGCUCACAGGUACUGGUCCCGUAUUGACGGUCUAAUCCGGGAGGCUCUGAUCCUGAGAAAGGUCCGGGUCCGUCUCCUGAUAAGUUGCUGGGAAAAGACUCAUCCACUUACUUUCAACUUCAUCUGGUCCCUGAGGAGUCUGUGCAUGGGGCAGGCCAACUGCUCAAUGGAAGCUAAGAUCUUCAACGGCAGAGUCCAGAGGGAUGGCAGUCUCCAAGGAAUAAACCACAACAGGUUUAUGGUGACAGACAGAUCCAUUUAUUUAGGUAACCUUGACUGGGUGGGGAAUGAGUUUAGCUAUAAUGCAGGAGCAGGACUCGUGAUCAGUCAGCCAGAGGGCAUCGAGGAGAGGAACUCCACAGUGGUGGAGCAGCUACGGGCUGCAUUCGAGAGGGACUGGUUUUCACGUUAUACCCGCUCCCUGCAGUCCAAUAAGAUCCCCGUCUGCAACAAGCCCCAGAUCAAAAGGCUAAUGCCAGUCAGAACUAGCCACUUAGACAAUGGACAAGUGCUUAUCAGAACAGGCCAGCAUGAUAACGGACCUGCACCAAUAAGACACAAUCACAAGGAUGAUGGACAGACGGCAGUUAAAACAAAGCACAAUGAUGACAGACUAAGCAAAGUUAGUCGCCAAGAAAAGGCCAAUGGACUGGUGCCAAUUAUAGACAGUUACCAAGAGAGGGGACGAGUCGAAAUGAGUCACCUUGAUGACAGACAGGUACAAAUCAAAGGUGAUUACCAUGACAAUCCAAAGGAACCACCCAGUCAGUCAGCUGAGAGCAGCGGCAGCAGAGAGAUCUUUAACAGGUCCCUGUGACCACAAAGCAUGAUAAGUUUGUUUUCAUGAUGAGAACUGCUCUCUUUCAGUAGCAAUGGACUUUACACACUGGGUCUUUGUAGCAUUUUAUUGACGCCAUUUUGAAGAAAACUAAAACUUUUAAGAUUUAAGUAAUAUCUGUUUUUUAUCAUUUACCUGGUACUUGAUCAUGUUCACGGAAGAACUCAGGAAGGAAAGUAAACGCGCCACUGCAGUCUGGCACUUUGGAUGGAUUUUUUUUAGGAAUGAAACCAAAACAUUUUGGUUUGAUUAAUACACUGUAAUAAUAACUUACAACCUUACUACUAAUGUAAGUUUUUUUUUUUUCUCUCCUUGUUGAGAUCCUGUCAAGCAAACGAAAUCUUGCAAUCUUACUGAUUGCCUAAUUAUUGUAUGUCACUUUAGAUGUUUGUCAUAACUGAUCACCCUGUAAAAGGGAGAAAUCACGCCUGCAUGUCUAUGAGAUGGAAAGCAGUGCAGCACGUGUAGCUACACUAGCAACAUUUAUCAUUAAAGAUACACUCCAAAGUAGUGGAAGACUUACAACACAGCUUUACUGUACAUGGUGGGGAUCUCUUAUUGCCUCUGUACUAAUUGGUUGUGGAUACUUUGGCCUCAUGUAAAUAGUUGGUGCAUCUCCAGCAGUCUUCUGAAUAGGUUACUGUGCAUUCAAAUAAUUCAUUAAAACUGUAAACAUAUUUAUUACCACUGAUAACUACAGAUAUUCAGAUUUAUUCUAAUGUCAAAUGACAUUAAUAGAAAACAAUCAUGUGUAUGUAUUAACACAGAUCCUUCUAAAGGGUUUUUAAACGUUUGCACGAGGGCUGGGCGAUAUGGAGAAAAUUCAAAUAUCACGAUAUCUUUGACCAAAUACCUCGAUAUCAAUACCACAACGAUAUUGUAGUGUUGACUAUUGGUGCUUUCACAAAAUAUUCAAACAAUGAGAUUUUUGAUAAAUAAUCAUCAGUAAUGUGGAUAUAAUGACUAAGUGGGUAAAGGCAAAUAAUAGAACAGCUAGAACAGUCUGGUAAAUUCAGAAAAUUACAUCACUUUACUGUAAUGCAGCCUUUAAAACCAGGAAAAGACAACACUUCACACAUCGAUAUAUUGCCCAGCUCUAGUUUGCACUGAGUCAAAAUUGCAAUUUCAUUUCCACUCACAAGAACACUGAUAAGAUAACAUUGCCAUUAGUCCUGCAAUAGAAACAACCACAUAACUAAUUUUGAGUGCUGACCCACAGUUGAGGAGCUGAUCAAAUCAUGUCUACCAUGUUUUAAUCUCAAUAUCAGAAGCACUAAACACUAUACAGACAGCGGUUACAUAAUCCAGGACACGAUGCAUCAUAUAUCUCUCCACAGCAGGAUGGUUUAGGCCUAUAUCAAAAUGUUUUAUUUUAUGGUGGUCAUAAUUUAAUUAGAUGAUGCACCUAUUCUACUGUGUUUAUUACACAACACCAAAUGUACUAAGGCGUGGAGUUUUCAAUCAGUUGCCACCAUUGAAAAACUACAGCCUGCAUUAAGUGGAAGGCAGGUAUUUUACCCUGGAGGAAGAGGGGCUAUUGAUCUGAACAGCUACAGAAAAUCAUUCCAGUUCCAAUAUACAAACCCUAGUAUAAUAAUAUGAAUUGAAUGGAGAUCUAUUCUUCCAAAUGCUAUGUUGUGACUUAUUGAACAAAUGGAGCAGUUAACUUAGAAGAAGGGGCCAGAGGGUCUCUGCUGUCAAAUCAAUACAAUGAAUUUUUAACAGAGCUUGACAGUUGCAAUUGCAGCAGUUUAACCUCAAGGACAUUGUUUCCUGUAAUGGCAUGCCUGUGACUGAAUAUAUAUUACCUUUACUGCGUGGAGGUAGAACUAAAUAUAUGUGAUUGUUAGUAAAGAACAACUAAUUUACUUUUGACUGAAAGCUAGUACCGACAUUCAUUUGCAUUUUGAAUGAUUGCAUGUCAGUUUAAGACCUUUACACACUCUUUACUGUGAUUGCAACAAUGCUUGUAAGUUUAUGAUGUAGGAUUAUUUUUUUUUACUUCCAGGCCAUUAAUCAAGGACACAGGAAAACAUUUCCAGAGAAAGGUACAUAGUGAUGUCUUCAUCCCCAAUAUGCAGGGUGUUAUGGUCAACGCUUUAAUGUGAAGGGUGUAAUGCGUGCUUUGUCUGAGUUCACUGAGCAGGAAGAAUAAUUGCAUACAAUAAUUCUGCCAGAAAACUAAAUUUGUGGUCAGAAUGCAUAGAAGGUUUAGCUGUAACCAUAAAGAAUCAGGCAGUCAUAUGUGCUAAAAUUAUAUAUCACUGGAUUUUUGGUGGAUAUAAUUUGAUGGUAUUCUGUUUCUGUAUUUGUGCCUGCACUUUUUGUACUACAGGUCAAAUACAGACUCAGUCCAGUCUUGCAGUGAGUCAUAACAGAUAUGGACAGGACACAUGUAGUCAAAAACACAGCUCUUGACAAUUGUAUUCUGGUCACGAUGGAUAACUUCUGCCAUCUAGAGGAUGUCUUGAGAAAGAACAUUUCUUCUCACACUUAUUUGCUGCAAUAUGACAUGAUACGUUUUUUAAAAUCAGUCUUGAUCAAGAAUACAUGUUGGUUCACAGCUACUGUUUAUAUGCCAAUUCUUAUAAAAUGUAUAAAAGGUAGCGACAUGGGACUGUUAGUGGUUUUCCUGCAAACAUUUGAACUGAAAUUCUGUUGAUAGCUAAAUAACUCAUAUGAUAUGUUGAUACUAUAUUUUUCUCACAGUAUAAUAUGGAAGUUUAUAGUAUUAAAAUAGAAAUAACAGAAUAACAGUUUCAUGUUUAAUUUUAAAAUGUGUCAAACAAAAAAACGACUUUCCCUUACUGCUGUAUGUGCCAGUCUCUCUUUCUGCACAAGACACAAGCAUUAAUUCAUCCAAAAACUGAAUCUUUUAUGACACUAACACUUAUAUAUGAAGUAAACACAAUCAUCUGUUUCAUUUGUAGAACUUGAGCAUUAUCUCAAUAAUAAUAAUAAUGUCCACAUGUUUUCUUCCGAAGCACCAUUUCAACACACUGUAUUGCUUGUAAUCUGACAGAUGGUCAGACUCAGUACUUUAUGCUGCUAUUAUCUAUGAUUGUUACACUGGGGGGCAGGGAUGUUGCUAAUGUACCCUGUACCCAAGGCCUUGUGUUUCGCUGUUCUUAAACUAUUUUGAUAAUUAAAAACAGUGACUAUUUUCCAGUUCCAGGACUACACCUUUAAUCAGCAAUAGUUUACAAAUCUGCUACAUGCUAAUUACAUAAUCCAAGCAAAAACAGUAGGAAUGUUUCUGUGUCACCUGUCCGUCUGUCCAUUCCUCUAGUAAGAUUGAGCAAUGUUCACUGAAUCCUCUGUGAAAGUUACUGUUUUCCUGAAGUCAGAAGGGUAGAUGGGUUUGAGGUAGCUGCAACGUUUAACAGACGGACGCACUACUACUAUUUAAAUGCUCACUGUAAAAGCUUUUUAAUGUUGCCUACCUUUAUUCUAUUGAACUGUUUUGGCAUGACUGCUGCUUGCAUGCCUUGCCUUUAUGAACUGCACACAGUAGCUUUGAGCCUUUCUAGAGAUAAUGAUAAUAAUGAAAGCUUAUAUACCUUUAAAAAAAAAUACAGAAGGAAUGUAUAUUUAUUGAAUACCCUUGUUAAUGCACACUACUGAAUUAUAUGACCGCUAUGUUUUUACUCUUAAUAAAAAAAAAUGAGUACUCUUA